AUGUAUGAUAAUUUUUCUAAUCUUUCAUCGGAUUCAUACUAUCUCGAUGGCGAUCCUCGAACGGCCGGUCCUCAACCACCGUUCAAUUCUGAGCCGCAAGAUUCUCCGGGUCUUGAAAGUGAGAUGAACCCAAAACCCGAUUACGGCUAUACAUCGUACCAUGGCUCUGGGGGUGAUAGUGGAAUUGGACGUGCAGUUGCCUUAGCAUUUGCUCGCGAAGGUGCUUCGAUUGCCAUUGCGUAUUUAAACGAAACUGAAGAUGCCAAAGAAAUUCAAGAAGUCAUUCAAAAUGAAGGACAUGAUUGUAUUUUGAUUCCCGGUGAUGUCACUGAAGAAGCUCAAUGUAAAAAGAUCAUCGAUGAAACAGUGGCUCAAUUCAAACGUAUCGAUAUUCUUGUUAAUAAUGCAGCUUAUGCCGGUGGAAAAGUGGUAAGUUUAUUUAAAAGUAAAAUAACAACAAAUGUUUAA